AUGUCCCAACCUCUUGACUUUGCUAACCCUGGGCGACCCAUCCACGUCGGUGUAACUCUGCUCGGAUGGGUUACCGAACUGCUCGACGUUGGACCGGUUGACCUUCUCAACGCCAUCAGCACCUCUUUCUUAAAACACAUGCCCGAUUUCAUCAUGCCUCCCGAAUUAAAGCGUCAAUCUGUCGAUUUUGACUUUCACUGGGUUUCUGAAACAGGCAAGACACCAGGUCUGCUGUCCAGCAACCUCAGUGUAGUCCCAACAAACUCGUUCACGACAUGCCCACCACUGGACAUUGCCAUCAUGGGCGCCGUAUGGAUAGAUGAGCCCAGCGACUCUGAGAAGGCCUUCAUGAAAAAGUGCUACGCUGAUUCUUCUGCCUUCAUCACUGUCUGCGGAGGGAUGCAGGCGCCUCUUAAAGCUGGCAUCUUCGACGGCGAGACGGCAACGGCGCCGCGCUUCCAUCUCGAAACCCUGAGAAAAAUAGCUCCGGAAACCAACUGGGUUGACCAGCGCCGGGUUAAUGACGGCAAACUUUGGUCCAGCGGUGCGCUGCUCAAUGGUAUGGAACUUAUGUCGGCGUUUAUUCAGCAGACGUGGCCGAGCGGAGAGGGCUCGCUGGUUCGCGAGAUGAUGACGAGGGCACAGUGGAUUUCUCGGGACCAGUAUUACAGGGACGUUUCGGAGUAA